AUCCGCAGGAGUGGUCCCGCCCUCCUUCCCUCAGAGCGCUGCGGGACUCCCGGCAUGGCGGCGAGGAGGCUUGGGGGCAGCUCAUGGCAGCAAGUGGUAUCGCUGAGCAGGCGGUGCUGCCUGCCGGGCGGGAGGAGAGAACGCUACCGGUGCUCUUCUAGUAGCACAGCUCUCGGAAAGACUGUGGACAGUUCUGCAGUUACUCAAGAAGAAAUUGUGCUCCCACGAAAGAAAACCUGGGACAAGCUAGCAGUUCUUCAAACAUUGGCUUCUACUGUGAAGAGGGAUCCUACUGCUGCUCAUUAUAUGUUCUAUGAUGACCCUUACCUUAUGCCAAGAAAUGCAGCCACUUCUCGUCUAUUUGCAUUGUCAAAGGAGUCAGGAAGAAAUGCUGCCAAAUACAUUUUUACAAAUUUUCCUCAAUAUUUUGACAAGACUUUUGCAGAACCAAACAUACCAUGCUUGAUGCCUCAGGAUCUUACACCUCAGAUUGAGGGGCUGAGUGAGGAAGCUCUAAAAGAGCGUAUCCACCUCAGAAGGGUGAAGGAUUCUGUGAACCUGUUUGAUCAGCUUGUACAAGCAGGUACCCCUGUAUCUCUGGAGACCACAAACAGUCUUUUAGAUCUGUUAUGCUUCUAUGGAGAUGCAGAAUCUGCUCCAGAAAAAGAGGAAGAAGGAAAAGAGGAUUUGGAAGAACCAGGGGUGAACGUCUCCGAGCAGGCGGCUCCAAAGAGACAACUCCAAAAAGGUUCAUUCAUCCCUAGAUGGAGGGACAACAACAAUGCUGAAAGAAUAUUUAAGACCAUGCCAGAGAGGAAUGCACACUCCUAUUGCACCAUGAUCCGUGGGAUGGUGAAGCAUGGGGUUUCUGCUAAAGCUUAUGACAUGUACAUAGACUUGCUGAAUGAAAGACACAAAGCGGAUGUGCACACCUUCAAUGCGCUGAUCACAGCAGUCCCAUAUCUGAAGGAGAAGUUUGUAGAAAGAUGGGAAUUAGCCAAGGUCUUCCUGAAUCACAUGGUUGAACAACAAGUGCAACCAAAUCUGCUAACUUUUAAUGCUUUACUGAAGACUCUGAGAAGAUGUGGUGGUAUAGGCAGAAGUAUGGCUUUACAGGUGUUCAAAGAAAUGGAAGCACUUGGUAUAGAGCCCAGCCUUGCAACCUAUGAUCAUCUUCUCUCUAUAUUUUAUAGAGCAGUCAGUCCCACAGAUCUUGGCUCAUCAGGCAUCAUCUCUGAGGUGUUGGAUGACAUUGAAAAGAGGAGUUUCACUCCCCAGGACCCUGGUGAUGCCAACUUUUUUGCCAAUGCUAUGCAAGUGUGCUGUGAUCUGAAGGAUAUCAAGCUUGCCUAUCAGUUAAAUAAAGUGAUGGAGAAGGGAGACAACUGGAAGUUCUUGGCUGUGGAUCGGUUAAAUGGCUACUGGUCAAAAUUCUUUUCAUUGUUGUGUAUGAUGGAACAAAUUGAUGUUGUGCUGAAAUGGUACAAAGAAAUGUCCCCUUCGCUCUUCUAUCCAACUCCUAAGAAUAUAAUGGACCUUCUUCAAGCACUGGAUGCAGCUAACCACUUGGAAGAGAUCCCUUCAGUCUGGGAAGAUAUGAAACAGCUGGGGUUUAAUAGGAGACAAGAGCUGCUGGAAGAGCUCUUGUCUUUGAUGAGCAGGGAGCAGCACCCUGAGGAGAUUCAGCUGGCUUUUGCCAAGUGUGCUGAAGACAUCAAAGCUGCCCAUGAGCAAACUGGGAGGGAACAGAUCCCCUUGGAAUGGACAGGCAGUGCACUGGGCUCUGUUGUUCUCUUGUUUUCCAGGGCUGGGAGAACCCAGGAUGCUUGGAACUUGAUGGAGCACUUCCAACAAAUCAACAGGAUUCCCACGGAUGAGGUGAUGGAUGAGUUCUUGAACUGUGCUAAACGAACCAGUAGCCCAGAUGAGGCAAUCAAGCUGGUAAAGCUGGCAGCAUCCCUUGGUCUCCCUUCAGUGCAAAGGCUUAAAAGCAGAACACAGGAGGAAUUUGAACUCUCUGAAAAGCAGAAGCAGACGUUGGAGAGUGUGAAGUCAGAUGAUGACAGCAGUGACAGUGACAGUGAUUAACUGUGUCUCUGAUUCCCCUUGGGAACACCAGGAGCAACCACCACCUUGGUGCCAGGAGGCUUCUGGGAGAACCAAAAGUAUUGAUGGGAUGGCUUCUGGGAGGUGCUGCAGCACUGCUGAGCCCCCCAGAACACUUGCUUGGCAGGAGGAUGUCGUCCUAGUUGGAGCAAGCUGGAAGCUGUCUGUCCAGUGUUGUUGGGAACUUGAAAUACAGCCUGAGCUACACCAGCACAGUCUCUUCCACACCACUCCCUGCCCAAGCUGGGUCCUGGGGACAGUGCAGCCUGUCUGAAUGAGGCACUGGAGGGCUGCAGCUGGCUGGAGGCUGCUCAGCAGGUACAAGACUCUUGACAGGUUGAGUAAGACUUCUCUCUUGGGCCUCCUGGGACUUAAACCUGUGCUGGAUUUAACUCUUUUCCAGCUAACUUUAUUGUGCUAUGUAAAUGUCAAGUUUGCUGCAGGUAAUGCAGUAUUCAUCACCUGUGGUGUUAAUCCUCAACCUUUUUGCUGUUCUGGGUCAGGACUCUAGAUGUUAAAAAGCCACAGCUUGUACAGCUGGACCUUGAAUCUAAUAAAUAGCUAAUAUUAAAUACAGCUCUAAUCUGAUGA